AUGGAGGGGGGGCUGCCGUUCCCGGAGCGAAGCGGCAACCAUUCGGACCCGCUGGGCGGCAAUUUGCCGUGGGAGGAAGGGCGCGGGCAAAAUCUCGGGUACCAGCCGGUGCCGGGCAGCCAAACUUCGCAGGGCGCCGUGCAGGCGAAUCCAGGCGGGCCGAGCGAGGCACCGGCGGAUCAGCAGUGGGGCGAUCCGGAGGUUCCGCCUCCGCCGUCGCCUCCGCCGUAUCAGCCGGUGCCGUUCGCGGAACCGCCUCCCGCGGCGAACGCGAGUGCGCGCAUCGAGGACGUGGGCGUGGUGGGGUCGGUGGUGGGCGACGAGCUGCCCACGACGUGCGGCCUGACGGAUUACGUCAGAAUGUCGAAGCGCUGCCAAGACGGCAAGCGCGAAGUGAACUACGUCAAAGUGCGCAACUGCACCGACGCAUUCCCUGACAUCCCCAUGCGCAACGAACCAUGCGUAUGCACACCGGAGGACUACGAGCCAAAGUACUCGGAGAAUGGCGGCCAGUGCUACCUCUCGUACAUUGGCACCAACUGUGACUCGCCCAAUGGUGGCGGCCUCCCUCAAAUCGUCGUCGACCCCGUCUACUGCAGCAUCAGCUCAUCGCGCCCAUGCGGGGAGGCGGACAUAAAGUCCAUCUACGGCAUGUGUGACUACAUCCGCGACUCCAUCACCGGCCAGAAGCUCUCCGUUAUGCCCGCCGUCGAGGUGAUCUACUACUUCGACAAGGAGUGCAAUCCCUAUGCCAGGGGAGCCGUGCCUCUGCCGCCCAACACCUUCAUUCCCUGCGACCACAAGUGCGGGGCGGGUCACAUUCUGCACCACGACGACUGCCAGAUUUGCCCUGCAGGCACGUACAGCACAGCGGGCGCGCUGGUGUUCAACAAGUUCUACCAAGUCGACCCCAAGUACUUCAAGACGGAGUGCAAGUACAAGAACGCUUCGGGCAUGUUCCCAUGCGAGCCGUGGUAUGCGGAUGAUGGGGCGCUGGAGGUGGGCGCGUACGACUACAUGAACGACUGGAACCCCGACGUGUGUGCGUCGGACAAGGCGUACAACUGCCACAACAACGUGCGCUCCACCCUCUCCCUCGAAGUCGACCUCGUCCGCGAUGGGCACGUGCGGUUCAACUUCACAGUGAGUGCGGAGAUGGGGCGGGAUGGGCUGUCUUUCUUCAUCGACUCGCUGUCGCAGCCCGCCAUGGCGCUCGAGUCCUACCAGUUUGAGCCGCGCCAAGUGGUCUUCCCGCUCACGGCGGGGCACCACACGCUGGUGUGGCUCUACUCCAAGGACGCGCGCUGGACCAAGGGCGAGGACAUCGCCACGCUGCGGUUCAUCGAGGUGGACGGCAUCGGCUUCAACGACUUCGCCUGCACGCCCUGUGAAGCCGGCUUCUACAGUGCGGCGGGAGCAAGCACGUGUCUGCCAUGUGCGCCCAACACCGUUUCCAGUGCGGGGGCGGCGGAGUGCAAGGCGUGUACACCGGAGCAGUACGCGCAGAUCAUCCCGCGCACACAGUGCCUCGACCGCCCCACCUGCAGGGUGGACCGCGAUGCCACAUCAGAAAUCGGCCCCUGCAAGCUCACCACGCUCACGCGCACCAAGAGCUGGAAGUGGUUGGAGCCGCAGAUCUGCAAGCCCAGCGACCUCGACCCUCUCCCUUCCCCCAUCGAGCUGCCCUGUGAGCACUGUCCGAGUGGGCAGCAGGCGGUGCCGGUGCCGGAGACAGGCGUGGUGCAGUGCGACUGGUGCCCCACCGGCACGGCCAGGGAUGCCACGCAGGACAGCGCAGCACCAGCACCCGCAGCAGCACCGGGCAGCGGCACUGGCACAGAGGGCACUCCAGCACCAGGGGGGGCCAGCGGCAGAGGGAACAUAACGGACGAGAUAUGCCGGCCGUGUGAGGCGGGCGAGGUGGCGAUGAAGAUGCUGUCGCUGCGCCACUUCCACAUGGAGCAGGGCCACCUGCCCGAUGGCUUCCGCACCGGCUGCCACGGCGACUGCGGCACCUUUGGCUGGCGUGCCGUGCACAACUACCUUGAGUCGGGCAGCGGCCAUGGCAAGACUGCUACUAUCUGGCUGGCGCUGGACGUGGACGUGGCGGUGACGGGGUACGUCAUGUUCAACUACUCGGUGGACAUCGCCCCAGGGGACCCCGGCCGCGGCUUCUUCUUCUUUGUCGAUCAUGACCUCAUGGACUUUGUCGAGGCCAUCUGGUCUCACACGUUCCUCCAUCUCCCCUCUUCCCCUCUCACCCCCAACCUUCACUAUGCCCUCCCUCUUUCCCUCUUUUCCUUUCACCCUCUCAACUCUCCAUGGGGCUGCUGCUGCUUGCAGCAACAACGCGAGGAGUGGGAGGGGACUCCAGGGCAGGAGCGCAAGGCAGGGGGGGAGAACCAGACGGCCAUCAGUGGCAUGUGGGAGCUGGCGCCUGGUAACCACACGCUCAUGUGGGUGUGGGAGAAGCUCAAUGACGAGCGUGCUGCCACGCGCAAGACUCGUGACUCCGCCAUCAUCUAUGACAUCGAGGUGGAGGGUGUUGCGCGGGGUGGUGCAGAGCGGUGCAGGAGGGUGCCGCCGGGGAUGCAGAUCAGUGCGGACGGGCAGACGUGGACUCCUUGCCCUCCUGGCACGUUCAGUGAGGGCGGCGAGGGCCACUGCACGCCGUGCCCCGCCAACACUUUCAACCCCUUCCCCGAGGGAGCGCAAUGGGCGUGUGAGCGGUGUGGCGCGGGCACCACGUCACUGCCGGGCAGCAGUGAGUGCUUCCUGGGCGAUGCACGCGUGCCCUCCUCCUUCUGCACCUUCGCUGUGCGCGUCCCCGUCGCCUACAACGCCUCCGCCGACGCUCCGCCUCCCCCCGCCUCCUCCUUCAACCCCUUCACCUCCCCCGCCGCGCCCGCCCCCACCGGCCCCACGGGCGAGAUGCAGCAGGAGGAGCAGUUUUGGAACGAGACGCUGGCGGAGGGCGGCGGCAUGGUGGUGGCAGGCGGCGGGCUGACGGGCGCCACUGCGGGCGGCGGGCGGCUGUUCUUCGACCUGUCGCCUCUGGCACGGAUGCACCCGGGGGUGAUGUUUGGGGUGGCAUCUAACGAUGCAACGACCAAGAACGGCACGCAGCAGGCGUCAUACUUCAUCAGCAUGUGCGACCGCGAUCGAACCAACGACACGUGCUAUGACUACGGAGGGAACGCACUCAACACGUAUGCGUGCAAGGUGGACCCUGCAGAGGACGUGGAGGGUGCGCUGCGGCCGGGGCACAACCUGGGGGCGUCGCUGGCGAUAGAGUCGCUGGAUGUGGUGGCCAGUGAGCUGCGCACACGUGGGUUCGUGAUGAUGCUCAAGGGGGACGACUGCCCUGAGACCCAGCUGCCCCGCCAGACCAACAUCACCUUCAUUUGUGACCCCGCCGCUGGGCACGGGCAGCCGGAGCAGUGGACGAGUGGGGGGCGCAUGGCGGCGUUUGACCCGCAGCGGGCGUACCCAGACUGGGCGCAGCGCGGGGGCACGGUGGAGCCCGUGGAGACCACGGCAUGCGAGUUCAACCUUGUGUGGUACUCGCUCUUCGCCUGCCCGCUGUGCUCCGAGCAAGACAUUGUCAAGGUGGAGGCCGCUGGGUGCAACGAGAACAAGCGCGUCACGUACAAGUACAGGCACCCUCGGGUGUGUCAGCCGAACCCUAUGACGCCCCUGCCGGACGAUGUGAUGUGUGAGCCGUGCACGGCGGACGACUACGACCGCUUGGAGGGCGAGUGUGCCGAUGACGACGGCAAGCACAACGUCACCUACCUGUGGCACCAGCCCAUGCUCUGCAACGAGUCGCUCCCAGGCUCCGUUCAACUGCCGGCUGAUGAGGUCGCUGGCGAGUGCACGUACAAGAUCAAGUAUGUGCCAUCGGAUAAGCUGAGCUGGCAGUACAUUGUGGUAUUCGCUGUGUCAGGCGUGAUGAUCGUGGUGUUUGGCGUGAUGGCGCUGAUGACGUGGCUCAAGAGCCGCAAGCUGCAUGCCAUGUAUUCGCGGCUGGUGGAGCAGGAGAUGAAUGCGGUGGAGGAUGAGAUGGACGACAUGGACGGGGAUGAUGACUUCGUCAAUGUCUCUGCUGACAUUUCUCUCGUGGGAUUCUCCUCCUCUGACGUCGUUAGCUAUGCAGGCGCGUCUGUGUCGUCGUUAGCAUCGUCGACGCGGCGCGUGUUGGACGACGACGACGACGAGGACAAGGCGAAGAAGGAGGCGAAGAAGAAGAAGAAGGAGGAGGAGAAGGCCAAGAAGGAAGCGGAGAAGGCGGCCAAGAAAGCUAAGAGCUCCAAGUCGCCCCCUGCUUCCCCCGAGCCCACGCCAUCCCCGCCGCCCCCGCCCUCCCCGUCCCCCGACACCACCACCCCCAAGUCCCCCAAGACCCCCAAGUCCCCCAAGACCCCAAAGACGCCUGUCGGCGCUUCUCCCCCCGCUUCGCCAGCCCCCAAGUCCAAAAAGUCCCCUAAGACGCCCCAGGUCCCCCCGGUGGGCGCGAAGGUGCCGCCGAAGAAGGUGAGCGCGGCGGACACGGCCGUGAAGGCGGACCUGGCGGCGGCGGCGAAGUUGGUGGACGAGGCGAACGCCGUGUUGACCGUGAAGACCUACAAGAAGAGCUUGACCGACACGGCGCAGGCGCUGCGCAAUGCGGGCAUUCUGAUCGACCAGGGGCAGCGCACGCUGGUACCGGGGCAGAUCACCAACGCCAUCUCCACCAUCAAAGGGGUCUCCGUUAUGCUCAAACCCGCUACCGAUAAGGCCACGCUCGGCCUGCUCAAGUCUGCGCAAACCAAGGCGGAAUCCGCCCAGGCCGCCUUCAAGCCCUAA